AUGGAGCUGGAGCUCAGACCCCGGCUCUGUUUUCUGGUGAGAACAGAGCACGGAUAUGGCUUUCACCUGCACGGAGAGAAGAAUAAAGGCGGACAGUUCAUCCGGAAGGUGGUGCCCGGCUCCUCGGCUGACCUGGCCGGACUCCGACCCGGAGACCGGCUGGUGGAGGUGAACGGGGAGAAUGUGGAGAAUGAAACUCAUCCUCAGGUGGUGAGCAGGAUCUGUGAGGUGUCCCACCGCACCAGGCUGCUGGUGGUGGACAGAGACACAGAUGACUACCUCCGCAGCCAGGGCCUGGCCUGCACAGAGGUCCUGGCUGUUGAAAUGGGAACCCUCUCCCCACGCCCUUCACCCAUGCCCACACCUUCCGCCUCUCCCGUACCCAGGGUCAACUUCCCCCUGACCUUCAAAUUCAACCACAGACAAGUAUUAGAUUAUCCUGCUGCAGAGUCACACACUCAUCUAACCUCUCAGGACAAAGAGGAGAGAUGCUCAGUGGCGUCCAGCUCAGCAACAGACACAGAGCUGCGAGUGGAGCCUUCACCUGAACCGACGGACACGCUCCUUCCUCGUCUGUGUCACCUGCUGAAGGAGGAGCACGGCUACGGCUUCAACCUGCAGAGCGACAAGAAAAGGGGUGGGCAGUUUGUGCGCUCCGUGGACCCCAACUCGCCGGCCGAGAGGGCAGGCGUCCGACCCGAAGACAGGAUAGUGGAGGUCAAUGAAGUGAGCACGAGGGGUUUGAGGCACUCAGAGGUGGUGGCGCUCAUCAAAUCUGAACGGGAUGAAGUCCGCCUUCUACUGGUGGACCAGGAGACAGACGAGCUCUUCCACAGACUGGGAAUUGCACCAACCAGUGCACAUAUCAAAGAGGUCUAUGUGGAUGUAAGACCAGCCGAAAGCACCCGCCCCACCCCCUCACCAACCAUCGGACUUCCUGCUACAGACGCACCAAUCAUAAACGUUUCUAUGACAGACGCCGCCAUCACAAACCUGUCUCCAAAGUCCAGGGCCAAUGGGAGCACAGCGUCCCAGUCCUCCAGAAGCUCCACCACCCACUCAGAGAUCAGCAGCUCAGAUAUGAGCAUCCAGAUUCCCGAUGACGAUGACCGACGUAUUUCAGACCCUUUCGUGGAAAGUGGCCUUCGCCUGAGUCCCACCGCCGCCGAGGCCAAACAAAAGAUCAUCGGCAACCGCAACAAGAAAAGAGCGCCCCCUAUGGACUGGUGCAGGAAACAAGAGGUCUUCAGCAACUUCUGACCCA